AUGUCCACCAUGUCCACCACCAUAUCAUCAAAUAUCAUAGAUCAAGAUCAAUUGCAAGAUCAAAUCAAUAAUGGUCAUGCUAGAAGAAUGGGUGACAUGGAAAAUUAUUUUGGUUUAUUACAACGUCAAAAGUUAUUCAAAACAUUUGCAGUUUUAGUAAAAUUUAAUCAAAAAAUUAAUUAUAACGAUAUCUUAAAAAAAUCACUAAGAGAUUUGUUCUUAAAAUAUCCAAUCUUGGCUUGUUCAAUAUUAGAUACUGAUUAUUCAGAUCUUACCAAACCAAAUCCAAUUCAUGAUUACAUUUAUACAUUACCAAAAAUUCAAUUAAAUGAUAUAUUAUAUGAAUUACCUCAACAUAUUAAAGAUUCUAAAGAUGAUAAUGAAACAUUAUUAAGUAAAAUUAAUGAUAUUGCAUUACCAUAUGCUCAGGGGAACACUUUAUGGAAAUUGGCAAUCUUAGAUGAUUAUACAAUGGUUUAUUUAUCAAAUCAUUGUCUUUCGGAUGGUAUAACUGGUAAAAAUGUUAUACAAGAUUUAUCAAAUUUAUUUGAGCAAUAUUUGAAAGAACCAAUUGUAUCAAGUGGUUUGAAUAAAGAUAUUAUAAAUUACGCAUUAGACAAACAUCAAAUGAAUAAAUUACCAGUUCCUUUAGAUUCAUUAGUUUCUUAUAAACCUCCAAUUUCAUAUUUUUUUGAAUUUGGUUAUAAUUUAAUGGUUUUCAAAUUCUUAAGUUUUAAAAAAAAUGUCGUUCAAAGAGAUGAUAAACAUAUUUAUAAAAUUUUAAAUAUCCCUGCAAAUCAUGUAUCAAAUAUUAAAAAACAAUUAUUAAAUCAUCAUCAAUCUGGUGCAAGUGAUGAAAAAUUAACAAUAACUCCAUUCAUUGAAACCUCAUGGUUAAAUGCUCAAUAUAAAGCAGGAUUAUUUAAAGACACAUGGUUUGGUUUAAGUGAUGUUACAAUCCCAUGUGAUGCUAGAAAAUAUUUACCAUCAGAUAUUGAUAAUGAUGAAUUUAAAUUUGGUUCAAAUGUUGGUGCUUCACAUAAAUUUUUCCAUCCAGUUAAAAAAUUCAAUUUAGAAAAUUUAAAAUAUCAUAAUGAAUAUUCAAAAUAUCUUUUUAAAACUAAAAGAUAUUUAUAUGAUCUGGGUAUGAUGUCAUUGAAUCAAAUUCAACAAUUUAAAAAUUUGGAUCAAUUAAUUAUAGAUUCUUAUAUUGGUCAACCUAGAGGAAAUACAUUGAUUUCCAAUAUUGGAAUUAUUAAUGAUUCUAAUAAUGGUGAACUUAAAGUGGAAAAUUGUUAUUUUGCACAACAUUCUCGUAAUGUUUUCAAUUUUUAUUUAUGUGUUUCUUCUUGUAAAAAUGGUGGUAUUAAUAUACUUAUAACAAUGGUGGAAAAUACAACUUCAAAAGAAAAUUUUGAAGAAAUUGUGGAAAAAUUCCAUGAAAAUUUAUUAAAUUCUGAUAAACUUUAA